AUGUUCCCCUCGAAACUUGAGCAAAACAAGCUCAAGGCCAACAUUUCAGCGUCUUACAAUAAGCUUUAUGGUGAAUUUUCUUCAAGAGAACUGCAAGAAGUGGGAAACUACAAGUUGUUGAAUGUAGUUGGCGAAGGAAGCUUUGGGAAAGUGUACCUUGCUAGUCAUCGGCUGACGCACCAGAAGGUAGUUUUGAAAAUGGGCUCUAAAAAUGACCCCAAUGUUGUGAGAGAAGUAUUCUACCAUCGCCAGUUUGACUACAUCUACAUCACCAAACUUUACGAGGUUAUCGUGACAGAAAAUCACGUAUGGAUGGCUCUCGAAUAUUGUCCCGGAAAAGAGCUUUAUGACUAUCUUUUGAGCAAAAAACAUCUGCCUCUAGCUGAAUGUGCCCGACUUUUUUCUCAGAUCGUGGGCGGAGUAUAUUAUGCGCACUCCAUGAAAUGUGUGCAUCGAGACUUAAAACUGGAAAACAUCCUACUGGACAAAAAGGGUCAGGCAAAGCUUACGGACUUCGGUUUCACCCGCGAAUGCGCCACGAAGGGUAUAUUGGAGACUGUCUGUGGAACUACAGUGUACAUGGCACCCGAACUUAUCGAACGAAAGCCGUACGAAGGCUAUAAAACAGAUAUAUGGUCCCUAGGAAUAAUCCUUUACACUUUGAUUCACGGGUCCAUGCCGUUUGAAGAGGAAGACGAAACGAGGACAAAACUUAAGAUUGUCAAUGAUAAUCCGGGAUACAAUCGCGAUCUUGUCGACAACGCAGGCGAAGAUCUCAUUUCGAUCCUUUUAAACAAAGACCCAAAUCAAAGGCCGUCUUUGACGCAGGUUCUACAGCAUCCAUUUCUUCAACCGUAUGGGAUUCAGAUAUUUGACAAGACUGACAAAAUCCUAAAACGCCAAAGUCAUGGUACUAAACAUUUUCAUUCUAAGCUGGAGCGUAAGCUCUUGAAAAAACUCAAACAAAGCGGAUUUGAUACACAGGCUAUCAAGCACUCCGUUAAUAGGAAAAGGUGCGACAGCUUAUCUGGGUUGUGGUUUCUUCUCGUGGAGAAAGAAAAGCGAUGCGAAAACUUACGCCAUCCCAGGAGAAGUCGGUCAGUUUUGUCAGUAAAGAAGGUGUUCGAUUCUGCAACUCCUAGCCGAAGGUCUACUGAAGAAUUGAAAAAAAGUGACACAUUUGGGAAGGCCACUUCCCUAAAAAGAAUUAUGAGCAGGAAGAGCGACACAGCGUCUAUACGACCUCCCUCCCAUGUUGCGCAACAAAAAGGGCCAAAAAAGGUUGAACCGCUGGACGGAGUUGUUUCUCAAACUAGUAGUGGGAAGUCUUCCAAAAGACCUAACCUAUUUCACAAAAUGACCAGCUUCUUCAAAAGCAAGAAGCAUCCUUCAAUCGCAGUCGAUGAACGGCCCAUAAGCCCGAACAGUGGUCUCGCAGAUAAGAGGAAACGCAAUGCUAUUUCAUUUGAAUCUCGGAAAAACAGUCCACAAAGAUCACGCACGCCUUCUGGAAACAAUGGAAAUGCUGGAAAAGGCGAUAUCAUACCUCAGCCACCAGCCAAUUCAAACGAACAUAACGGGUUCGACAUUCUAAGAAUAGAAGAGCCCCGUCUCAAAAAGUUUAAGUCCAAUACAUCCAGCGAGAUGUCGCGUCAAAAUUCUAUAGGCAACUUUGACAGCGAACUAGAUCACAAAGCAAUUGCAUUAAAUGGUCAGUCCAAUUAUGAUGACAGCACGAAUGACAUAUCCAAAACUGGACCUGUUUCGAUUUUAUCGCAGCAAUCUGAGAUUUCAAAUGACACGUACAAUUCAGAAUACUCAACUGAUGGUAAUGCUUCGAACUCGAAGCCUGCCAGUUCCCUGAGCUCUCACACAACCAGAAACGGAAAUGGUGUUGUACUGUCUCCGAAUUUGGAUAGCGUCGAUUCAAGUUCUCUCCAUUCGCGAGCCAACGUUCGUGGGUCUAUGAGUAUCAUGUCGAGUGCCUCUAGCGCGUCAGAAAAAAGUUCCAGGACUGAUUCAUUCUACGAAAUUUCGACUGCCUCUUCGCCCAAAACAAUGGACUUGAGGGCUAUGCAUACAUACUCCAAUGUUGACAGCACUGUACCGAGAACGAGUGUUGGUUCUCAAUGGCUUGCUAAAAGAGGGAGAUCACCCGUUGGUAGACGAGGGAGACUUCCCAAACGAAACAUCAGCAGAAAGCUCCUCAAUAAAAAUACGUCGGCUGCACAGUCCGUUAUCCAAGAGGAGAGCUCGUUCGAUGAUGAAGAAGAUAAUGUCGAAUUACCUGUUGUGCAGGUUGAGGCUUCUGGUUUAAGGGAUCCUGUCGAGGCAAAACAUGUUUUACCACGAGAGCCGUCCUCUCUUCCAGGAACCACAAACUCUUUUCCAGAAACACCGCCAAUAGACCGCCGACCGGUGUUAUUUGAUAUGGCUCGGUCAUUAAGCGGUAGCAGCGGCGUUUGGUCUAAUAAUUUUUUGGAAGAUCGCCACUCGGAAACAGCAGUCAGGGCUAGCGAUGCCCAGGAUGAACACUCCAUUCUCGGUAUCGCUGAUGAUGAAGAUAAUUCUUUUGAAGACUGA